AUGGUUGAUGAUGAAGAAUUAAAGAAGAUUCGCUUUACGUUAAGCAAAAAAUGGGGAAGAAUAAAAUAUUUUUUUUCAUGUUUGAUAUACAAAUUAUUUAGCUAUUUUUAUAAUAAGAAGAAUAAGAAGAAAGAUAGAUAUAUAAAUAUACAUGGAAGAACAUAUCCAAAUUUCUUUUGUGAUAAUAAAUUAAGAAGCACAAAAUAUAGUAUUUUAACAUUUAUACCAUUGUUUUUAUUUUAUCAAUUUGCUGAUUUUUUAAAUUUAUUUUAUUUAUGUGUAUCUUUGUUACAAAUUAUUCCUAUAUUUAACACAGGAUAUGUGUUUACAUUUGUUGCCCCUUUGAUUUUUAUUAUAUUUAUUAGUUUAAUAAAUGAGGUAGUAGAUGAUUUGAAAAGAUUUAUAAAAGAUUUGGAUGUUAAUAAUGAAAUAUAUUAUACUCUGUUACAAAAUGGAAAUUUUAAAAAAACAUAUUCUAAGGAUAUUACAGUUGGGGAUAUCAUAUUAAUUAAAUCAAAACAAAGAGUUCCAGCAGAUUGUAUUUUAUUACGAAAUUUAAGUAAAGAUGAAGAAAAUGCAAUUAAAAUUGAGGAUAAUAAAUCGUUUGUAAGUUUUCGAGUAAAUAAAAAUAGUAAUGUUUAUAAUAAAAAAAAGAAAAAAAAUUAUUAUCAUUUUAAUCAAAAAUUUGAUAAUGCAUUAAUAGAUGAUAAAUAUAAUGAAUCAAACAACAAUUAUAGUGAAGCUAGUAACAAUUUAUUAUUUAGUGAAAAUGAAAAAUCACCAAAUGGAAUGAAAGAAGGAAACUAUUUAUUAAAAGAUAAUGUUGAAGACAGUAAUAAAGUUGGUGGUAAAAAUGAAGAUAAUCAAAAAAAAAAAAAAAAAAAAAAAAAAUUAAGAAAAAAUGGUAUUAAAAAAAAAAAAAAUGAUAAUAAACUUGUAUUUAAUAAUAAUUCAUCAAAUGAAACAGAAAAUUAUACUUAUGUUAAAACUGAUAAAAUUGAUGGAGAAACUGAUUGGAAAAUUAAAUAUCCUAUAAGUAUAUUUCAAAAUCUAAAAAGAUUAAAAGAUUUCUUUUCAAUAGAUAUCUUAUUUAUAUUAGAACACCCAAAAAAUGAUAUCUAUAAAAUUGAAGCUUCCUUUGUUAUGUUUAAAUACAAUCAAUAUGGUGAAUUUAAAACUGUUGAAAAUAAUAACAUUGGAAAUAAUAUUAAUGAUUUAAAUAUAUCAAAAUUAAAUCACAUUUCUGACAUUUCAAACAUAUUAAAUAAUAAUAAUAAUAAUAAUAAUCAAUAUAGGUCUAACUCAUUUUAUGCAUUAAAAGAUACUGAAAUACAUGCAAAUGAUGCAAAUAAACAAAUUGGAAAAUAUGAAAAAGAUGAAGAAGAAGAUGAUGAAGAAGAUGAUGAAGAUGAUGAUGAAGAUGAAGAGGAUGAAGAUGACGAAGAGGAUGUUGAAGAUGAAGAAAAUGAAGAAGAUGUUGAAGAUGAAAAAAAUAAUUUAUUAAAAAAAAAAGAAGGUGUAGAAAAUUUAUCAUAUAAAAAUUUAGGAGAUGGAAAUGGAAACAAUUUUAAUAAUCGUAGUAUGAUAAAUUUUGUUGACAGUGAAAAAUAUGAAGGAAAUAAUAUUGGAACAAGAAAUGGAAAAGUAGAAAAUCAAUUAAUAUUACCAGGAAAUUUUGGAGAUAAUCAACCAGUUUGUAAUGUAUUUCCAAAUGAAGAUAAUUAUAAUUAUUAUAAUAUAAGUUAUAGAAAAAAAUUAAAUUAUGAUAAUUUUAUUUUAUCAAAUUCAGUUAUUACUAGUUCCGAUGUUAUAUGUAUGGUUAUUUAUACAGGUCGUGAUACAAGAGUAAAUAUGAGCACACAAAUAAGUAAAGUAAAAAGAGGAAUGAUUGAUAAAAAAUUAAAUUUAAUAACAGUUUUUUUAUUUAUUAUAUUAGCAUUAUUUUCUAUGUAUAUGUGUUCUACAAAAUUAAACAAUUUAUGGUAUUUAAAUUUUGUUCGUUUUAUUUUAUUAUUUUCAUCUGUUAUUCCAAUAUCAUUAAGUGUUAAUUUAAAUAUUGCCAAAAUUUAUUACACUUUGGUUAUUCAAAAAGAUAAAGAAAUUCAAACCACUAUUAUAAAAAAUAGUGCAAUUAUAGAAAAUUUUGGAAAUGUUGAUUAUAUAUUUACCGACAAAACUGGAACAUUAACUGAAAAUGUUAUGGUAUUAAAAAUUAUUCAUAUAGGUUUAGAUGUUAUACAUACUGAAAAUGAAAAAAGUGGAUUACAAAAUAAUAUGAGAAAUAAAGUUAAAAAAAAAUUUAAUAAAAAUGUUUUACCAUAUAAUUUUGAAGAUAUUAACGAAGAUGAUGUAGAUACAAAUUCAAUGCAUUUAGUUUCAAACUAUUCAAUAAAUGAUAGAAAAGAAAAAGGACAAAAUAAUAUGAUUAGAGGAGAUAAAUUAUCUGCAUAUAAUUAUGAUAUAGAAAAUAAUAGAAUUAAUAAAAAUUAUAUACAAUCAUUAAGACAAAUAAAUACUAAAGCUAAUGCAAUGAAUCAAAUUAAUAUGAAUGGAAAUGGAUAUCUUGAUUUUGAUAGUUAUAAUGAAAGAAUUGGAUCUUCACAUAUGAAAAAAAAUAAUGAAAUUGGAAUAGAAAAAAAUUAUGUUGAAGAUAAUGAUAAUAUGUUUUUUGAACAAUCAAAAUUAGGAAUAAAUAAUAUUAUGACAUCUGAUAAAAGAAAUGAUUUAAUUAAAAGAUUCAAUAAUGUAGGAAAUAAUAAUGAUAGUAAUAAUAAUGGAUCCGAUAAUCAUAAUUUAAAUGUAAAUAAUUAUGAACAAAGAAAAAAAAAAGUUGAACAAAUGGUUGAUGAUUAUUUAAUGAAUAAAACAGAUCUGUUAGAUUAUUAUAAUGAUAAUAUUGAUGAUGUUGAAUUUUUAAAAAAACAUAAAGUUUUUCAAACUUUUUUAUCAUUUCUUAUUUGUAAUAAUAUUAGAACAUUGACUAAAGAACACAAUAAUAAUGAUAAAGAAAAAGGAAAAAAAAAGAAAGAACAUAAAGAGAAAGAUUUUCAAAAAAAAUUUUAUUAUAUAUUAAAUGUUAAUAGAAAGAAAAAAAAUAAUAAUAAUAAUAAUAGAUUAAAUAAAAAUGAUAAAAUUAUCGAAACUAAUACUAAUGAUAAUUAUUUAUAUGAUGAUGAUGAUAAUAAUAAUGAUAAUUUUGAAACAAAUAGUUCAGAAGAUACAGAAACUUUUUCAUAUUCGGGUAUUAGUUAUCAAUGUUCAUCUCCAGAUGAAUUAGCUUUUUUAAAAUAUGCAACAAAUUGUGGAUUUAUUUUAAAAAAAAAAACAGCUAGUAAAAUUGAAAUUAAAUAUAAAAAUAUCGCAUUGGAAUACGAUAUAUUACUACAUAUACCCUUUUCAUCAGAAACAAAAAGAAUGAGUGUUUUUGUUAGGAAUGUGAAAAAUAAAAACAUUUAUUUUUUUAUUAAGGGUGCUGAUAAUAUAUUAAUAAAAAAAUGUCAUGAAAAAUAUAAAACUUUUAUUUUUGAAGAAAGUGACCAUUUAUCAAGUGUCGGUUUAAGAGUCUUGGUUCAUGGAUUUCUAAACAUUGAAGAACAAUUUUUUCAUAAUUUCUCUACAUUAUACAAUCAAAAUAAGGAUGUCAAGGGUCAGAUGGAAAAAAUUUUAGACUUGGUUGAAAAGAAUAUCAAAGUUUUGGCUAUCACAGGUGUUGAAGACAAACUUCAGGAGGGAGUCGGAAAGACAAUCGAAAUGCUAUACAACAGUGGAAUAAAAGUGUGGGUACUUACUGGAGAUAAAAUAGAAACAGCAAUUUGCAUUUGCAAAAAUGCUAAUAUAAAGAAGAAGAAACAUAAUAUUUAUAUUUUCCGUCAUGAAAAUAUUAAAAGCACAUCCCAAUUAAUACGGGAAUUCAAUUCAAUUUUGAAUAACAUAGAUUCUUAUGUUUUAUUUUUUGACAAUAUUAUUAUACAAAACUGUAUUAAAUAUAUUCCGAACGCCUUUGUUGACUUUGUUGCUAAUGCAAGAGCAGUGGUUUGCUGUCGAUGCAGUCCUAUAGAAAAAAAAGAAAUUGCUUUGAUGAUUAAAACGAUUAAAAGAAAGAAAAUUUUAUGCAUAGGAGAUGGAGGAAAUGAUGUUGCUAUGAUUCAAUCAGCAGAUAUUGGUAUUGGUGUUUUAGGAAAAGAAGGAAAACAAGUUGUUCAUGAUAGUGAUAUUAUUGUUUCAAAAUUUAAAAAUAUAAAAAAAUUAAUUCUUUAUUAUGGAAACAACACCUUUUUACAAACAUCCUCCUUAUGUUCCUUUUUAAUCCAUAGAGGAUUUAUAUUAACGUAUUUACAAUUUAUUUAUAGUUAUAUAUUUUUCAGUAUACCUGUUGCCAUUUUUCAAGGAUGGUUACAAAUUGGUUAUACGACAUACUACACGACAACACCAUUUUUGUCAUUGUUGUUGGACGUUAAGAUAAAGAAAAAUUUAAUAUACUUAUAUCCAGAGAUAUACAAAAAUAAAAAACACAAGAGAAAGUUGGAUUUAAAAUCGUUUUUUAUUAUCGUAUGGAUGUCUAUUUUUCAGGGCACUGUUGUUAUGCUAGGGGCAUUAAAACUCUUUAACGAUAAUUAUAACAAUUUGAUAAAUAUAUCAUUUUCUUCUCUAAUUCUUUUGGAAAUCAUGAAUAUACAUUUGGAAGCUGAGUCAUGGCAUCCAUUAAUGAUAUCAGCAAACAUUUGCUCUUUUAUUAUGUACAUUUUUUCCAUGUUUAUCCUAAGAAAUUAUUUCGACAUUAUUCAGAUUAUGUCGUUUGUAUUUUGGUAUAAAGUUAUUUUAAUUGUUUUAUUUGCUUGGCUACCUUUUUUUAUAAUUAAAAAAGUUAAAAACAUUAUAACACCAUCACAAUUUUUUAAGCUAGCUUAA